CAAACCGAAUUAUUAUUGCAUACGAACAGCGAUAUCAUCUCCUCCACCCCCCCGCCCCCCAAGGCGCAUCCCACACUUUGGAUUCUGCUUCUGCCGCUGGCGUCUCCGACGGUCAAUGAUGCAAAAGACUAGGAUCAAUUGCUUCUAAUCUGAGAUAGAAGUUAUUUGCUUUCUAGGUUGUCGUUUUAUUGAACGGUUAGUGAUUUUAAUUUUGUUUCUCAGAUAUUGGAAUUAAUGGUUCUUGGAGGCUGCUGUUCUUAUGUGGCACCAGUUAUUGAAUCUCCUGGUGCUUCCUGAUUAGUUGAUGAAGGGGUUUCCUGAGAGUGACACCGAUUCUAUUGAUAAUUCAAGUAGAAAAAAUUUCAGUUGCACUAAUUCGCCCAAGGGUUCUGUCUCGGGUGAGGCAGAGCCGGGUAUUGGUUGUAGAAAGCAUCAAAAGCCGGCAGCACUUUGGUCUGGGAUCUGGCCGCCGGCUACAUCAAUAUUUGGGCAUUCGAGUGGUAGUCCAAAGAGAAGUGAUUGCAGGAGUUGCAGCACUAACAGUAGUAUCAGGAAAAAGUCGGCAAGUGGGAAGACCUAUUAUGAGGGCUGGAGAGCUGCAGUGAGGAGAUUCAUGAUGAAUGGUGGAUCUAUGAGGAGAAUUUUAGGUUUUAGUCGGACAAAUAGUUCAAAUUCCAAUAGCGAUAUCUGGCUUUUGGGAGUUUGCUAUCAUGUGGCUCAGGAAGGUGAGGAUUCUUCAAAUCCUACUCAGAGUGAGGGAUUUGCUGCGUUUGUUGAAGAUUUCUCAUCACGGAUACUGAUUACGUACCGUAAAGGUUUUUCACCCAUUGGGGACUCAAAGUACAGUAGUGACGUGAAUUGGGGUUGUAUGCUUCGGAGCAGCCAGAUGCUUGUUGCUCAGGCAUUUUUGGUUCAUAAGUUGGGAAGAUCAUGGAGGAAAUCUUCGGACAAGCCACUCGAUGAAAGUUACAUGGAGAUAUUACAUCUCUUUGGGGAUGCUGAGGACUCGCCUUUCUCUAUACACAAUCUUCUCCAAGCGGGAAGCGCUUACGGCCUUGCUGCGGGCUCCUGGGUGGGCCCUUAUGCCAUGUGCCGUACUUGGGAAAGUUUGAUGCGGAAUAAGGAGGAAACUGAUGGUGGAGUCCUCUCUGCAAUGAUGGCUCUGUAUGUUGUUUCUGGUGAUGAAGAUGGGGAAAGAGGUGGAGCUCCUGUCCUCUGCAUUGAGGAUAUAUCAAGAUACUGUUCUGAGUUUAGUAGAGCCGAAGCUGAUUGGGCCCCCAUCCUACUGAUGGUUCCAUUGGUUUUAGGACUGGAGAAAGUUAACCCAAGGUAUCUCCCCCUCCUGUGUGCUACAUUCCAAUUUCCACAGAGCCUUGGUAUUUUGGGUGGUAGACCUGGUGCCUCAACAUACAUAGUUGGAGUGCAAGAUGAAAAGGCAUUCUAUUUGGAUCCACAUGAAGUUCAACAGGUAGCCAACAUGAAGAGGGAUAAUGUAGAAGCUGAUACUUCGUCUUACCAUUGCAAUGUGGUGAGACAUAUCGCUAUGGAUUCUCUUGAUUCAUCAUUGGCAAUUGGAUUUUAUUGUAGAGACAAAAGUGAUUUCGAUGAUUUUUGCGUACGCGCAACAAAACUAGUCGAUCAAUCAAACGGUGCUCCAUUAUUCACCGUAGCUGAGACCCGCAGAUCCCCAAGGCCAGGCAACACUACAGAGACUCGAGAUUGUGACCUUGAUCAUAGGCUGCCUACCGGUGAAUCAGAGAAUUCUGGGCAGGAAGACGACUGGCAACUCCUCUGAUCCGGAACGAUGCAGCUGGCUGAAGCUUAUAUUUAUGAUCUUCUAAGCUUCUGUCCAACUGCGUAGGAUCUACUCGAAACCACGAACUUGUGUGCUCUUCCAGUUACCUGUUGCUUUAGCGUAAAUGAUGUAUUAAUUUUAGGUUUGAUUUAUUUUUUAUUUAUUUUAUUUUUUUGUUGAAGGAAACCUUUGAGGUUGUUAUCUUCAGCUAGUUCACUUUAUUUUACACUUGUUGGAUACUAUGCUAGUGCGUCUUUUUUGUUUGAGAACUAGUAGUUAUGUGAAAUAGCUGUCGAAGUUCAUAGUCAAAUCUAUAAAUAUAUUUCGAUUUUCUGUUCA